CUGUAUGAAUACUUAAUGCAGACCACGUGGUGUGAAAGCAGACUGCAGCUUCUUUUGUUCAAAUCAAUCAAACCGGAGACGGGCAGAGAGCUGCUGAAUCAGGAAAUCACCGCUUCAGAUUUGAAAAUGCCACGCAAGAAGGUGACGGAUGUCUCAGGGAAUGGAGGGAUGAAAAAGAAGAGGGCCAGUGGCAAGAGGAAAGAGAGGGACUUCAGCAGCGAUGACGAGUUUGACUACGAACAGGAGAACAACAAGAAACCCGGCAAGCCCGCUGCCAAGUCCGGUCUCCAGCCCGUCAGUGUGGCCGACGACGUCAAGGAGAAAAUAAAACUUGAGUGCUCAAAGGUUAAAGGUCAACUGCUCAUCUUUGGAGCAACCAACUGGGAUUUGAUUGGAAGAAAGGAGGUGCCCAAAAAACAAGCGGCUUUCCGCAACCUGGGCCAGAAUCUGUGGGGUCCUCAUCGCUACGGCUGUCUGAAUGAUGUGAAGGUCAGCUGUGUGGUGGCUGGGCCCUGUGCUGCACACAGUCUGCUCAUGACCACUGAGGGCAAGCUGUGGAGCUGGGGUCGUAACGACAAAGGUCAGCUGGGUCACGGCGACACCAAGCGUCUGGAAGCCCCCACGAUGAUCGAAGCCCUCGCAGAGCAUGUGAUUGUUGCUGCAGCCUGUGGACGCAAUCACACCCUGGCACUCACAGAGGAUGGCACUGCAUACUCUUUUGGUGAGAACAAGUUGGGCCAGCUCGGCCAAGGCAACCAGACUGAUGCUGUCCUCAGCCCAGCACCGAUCUCCUACAACGGCCAGCCCCUGGUGAAGGUGGCUUGUGGUGCGGAGUUCAGCAUGGUGGUGGACUGCAAAGGAAACCUGUACUCCUUUGGCUGCCCGGAGUACGGCCAGCUGGGUCACAACAGUGAUGGCAAGUUCAUUGCUCGUGCCCAGCGCAUCGAGUUUGAUUGUGAACUCAUCGCUCGCCGUGUCGCCAUCUUCAUUGAGAAGUCAAAGGACGGUCAGAUCAUGCCCGUCCCCAACGUGGUGGUCCGAGAUGUGGCCUGCGGGUCCAACCACACGCUGGUGCUGGACUCUCAGAAGCGAGUGUUCAGCUGGGGUUUUGGUGGUUACGGGCGCCUGGGUCACACGGAGCAGAAGGACGAGAUGGUUCCUCGCCUCGUCAAACUGUUUGACUUUCCUGGACGCGGCGCCAGUCAGAUCUGUUCUGGCUAUCAGUGUUCCUUUGCUGUCAGUGAGAUGGGGGGGCUGUUUUUCUGGGGGGUGACAAACACUUCCAGAGAGUCAACCAUGUACCCCAAAGCUGUGCAGGACCUGUGUGGAUGGAAGGUCCGCAGUCUGUCAUGUGGGAAGAGCAGCAUCAUUGUUGCUGCAGAUGAGAGUACGAUCAGCUGGGGCCCCUCGCCCACAUUUGGAGAGCUGGGAUAUGGAGACAACAAACCCAAAUCCUCCACCACUGCCCAGGAGGUGAAGACCUUGGAUGGCGUCUAUGUUGAGCAGGUGGAGAUGGGCUACUGUCACUCUCUGGUGAUUGCCAGACAGGAGACUGAGCAGGAACAAGAGAGACUGAAAAAGCUGCCCGAGUACAACCCCCGAACAAUCUGAUCGGGCCUCCGACAGCAACACCUCGACCCUUUUCACCGGAGCGGAGACCAGCGAUGCUCAUCAGGAACACCUGGCCUGUUGGUGUCAGAGUAGGAUGGUUGAGUUCAGGGGGCUCACCAGUCCCAAGGAUUUCCACAGAUCUCAACAACCAACAACCAGCAAACAGGCUCUAAAAAUUUGGACAGUUGUAAUCAGAGAAAAUGGGACCGGAGACGGCUUCUCUGGAUGGUCCAGCUCUCCCAAUGAACGGUCAAGAUAUCUCCACUUCCCACCUCGAGUGAACCUGCAACAGUUUGCUCCAAGCACUUCACACCUAGUAGAGGCGUGCUUCCCAAAACCCCCGUUCCAUUUUAUAAUGCAGCCAAACAUUCAUGUCUUGUUGUUUUUCUUUGUUGCAGUAUAUAAAAUAACGUUUGUCACAUUUACGGGUGCUAUGACAGGACCCUCGGUCUUUUCCUACUGAGGGGUUUUCAAAGACCAAUGCUCCAUAUCUGUGCCUUUUUCUACGUGUAUGUUCAGGAUAUGGAAGUGUUUGUGGGUCAGCUGACCCCUGUCUGAGCAGGCCACGAGUACAAUCAGGAUUUGAACGUGAUACUGAGUUGGUGCACUCGACGGUUACAUUCCUUUUAUCUUCUUCAGUGUCUGCAUCAAGUGCAGACCUCAGUCCUUCCAAGACCAGUGUCUGCUAAUAACUAUUCCAACGCUCAAAGCGGUUUCACAAGCAACUCAGAACCUUUUAGAACCGAUAAAUGCACUCGAAAUAUCAAGGCAUGUUCUUGUUUUAAAAACAGCAGAGGUUUUUACUCCUACCUGUACUGCUUUAUUUUUUAUGGUGAAACUUCUCUGGGUUACUUUUUUUUUUUUUUUCAUUGAAAUGGUCAAAUAAAGAUUCAUGUGAAUUUA